AAAAAGCCAGUGUCCCGGGACACAGAGCUGGUGUCAUGGAUGUCCUGGUCCCGUUUCUGCAGCUGCUGGUGCUGCUCCUCACACUUCCGCUGCAUCUGCUGGCUCUGCUGGGCUACUGGCAGCCCAUGUGCAAAACCUAUUUCCCCUACCUGAUGGCCAAGUUAACAAAAAGGUCCAACCAAAAGAUGGAAGGCAAGAAACGGGAACUGUUUAGCCAGAUAAACGAUCUGAAGGGGACCUCCGGCAAAGUGGCCCUGCUGGAGCUGGGCUGUGGCACCGGUGCUAACUUCCAGUUCUACCCAUCUGACUGCAAGGUCACCUGUGUGGACCCAAACCCCAACUUCGAGAAGUUCCUCACAAAGAGCAUGGCUGAGAACAGGCACCUCCAGUACGAGCGUUUCAUCGUGGCUUAUGGGGAGGACCUGAAACAAGUGGCUGACAGCUCCAUGGACGUGGUGGUCUGCACCCUGGUGCUGUGCUCUGUACAGAGCCCCAAAAAGGUCCUGCAGGAAAUCCAGAGAGUCCUGAAGCCGGGAGGACUGCUGUUCUUCUGGGAGCACGUGGCUGAGCCUCGGGGAAGCUGGGGCUUCCUGUGGCAGCGAGUGUUUGAGCCUACCUGGAAACACAUCGGGGAUGGCUGCCACCUCACCAGAGAGACCUGGAAGGACCUUGAGAAGGCAGGGUUCUUUAAUGUCCAAAUGGAAUGGCAGCCCGCUCCCUUCAAGUGGUUACCUGUUGGGCCCCACAUCAUGGGGAAAGCUGUGAAAUAACCCUCCCCCAAGGAGGCCACCUGCUCCCUCCCUGCCCGUCGUCA